CAACCUAAGGAUCUACUCGGAUAUGUUACGUAUUGAUUCUAACGUCAUUUUGGUUCUAACUUUAUUUUUCAAUUUCGCAACACAAUAACAACAAAAUAAUACCGUUUUUAAUCGUGAAGAAUUCCGGCUUCCAACAUCGAUACGACCCUUUGUAAUUGUAGUUUUAGCACCAGAAAAUUUUCCAUUUCACAACCGACAACUACUAGAGACUGGAGCCUACACGACACACACUUGCAAGCGAUUUUAGCAAUGAAUUUGAAAAAUUCCAAGUUUUAUAAGAGGAUUCAGGAGCUGCGUCAUUUCUCCAAGGAAAAGAUACGAAAGGAUCGGGAGCAAAGAUCGAGAGUUACGCGCGCCUUGGACAUGGCGCUUAGCGAGCAGCCACAUCGAGAGAGGGAUUGGUCAUCCCCGGAUCACUCGCCGACCCGUUCCCAACCGGUGAUCAGCUCACCGCGUCGCCGCCUAAAGAAACUGCGAUCCCCAAAGAAAAAGGCAGCUGGCCUUAAAGGAAGCCAAUCACCGGACUACCGAGUUGCCGGCGGUCAGUGUUCAGGCGAUGGCAGCCCUUUGCCGGGAUUAAUGUCGGCGUCAGAGGCUAAACUCCAAGGCUUCAUCCAGCUGAACAACAAGUGCUACCGGGUAGAAUGUCCCACGAGCACAGUUUCUGCAGUCGGAGCAGUCCCGGACGACGAACGCACUCCCAGCGAAACAAAGAGCACCAUUUGCGUGUCCAACUCUCGCUACGCCAUGAUCGGAAGGAUAUCCAAGACUCUCGGCUUCAAGCUGGUGAAGGAGUCCAAGCUGUGGAACAUCCUGUGGUCGGACUCCUUUCCCGGCGUAGAACUGUUCAAAAACAUGAAGCGUUUUCAGCAGAUCAACCACUUCCCCGGGAUGAUCGAGAUCUGCCGCAAGGAUCUGCUUUCGAGGAAUCUAAAUCGAAUGUUGAAACUGUAUCCGCAUGACUACAAGAUAUUUCCCAAGACCUGGAUGCUGCCGGCAGACUAUGGAGAUGCUUUGAAUUAUUCCUUAAACCACAAGCGCACUUUUAUCCUAAAGCCGGAUUCAGGAGCCCAGGGACGAGGUAUUUGGCUAACCAAUGAUCUGAAAACCAUAGGACCCCACGAGCGUCUUAUAUGCCAAACGUACGUUCAUAGGCCACUGCUCAUCGAUGGUUACAAGUUCGACCUGCGUGUGUAUACUCUUAUUACAUCAGUGGAUCCGCUACGUAUCUUUGUGUACAAUGAGGGACUGGCUCGUUUUGCGACCAACAAGUACGUGGAACCCACUCCCGGAAACUCCACCGACCUGUACAUGCACCUCACCAACUACUCGGUGAACAAGCGGAACUCCCACUACGAGCUCUGCGACAACGAUGACUGUGGGAGCAAGCGAAAACUGAGUGCGAUCAACAACUGGAUGCGUCGUCAUAACUAUGACGUGGAGGAGUUCUGGACCAACGUAGACGAUGUGAUCAUUAAGACGGUACUGAGUGCCUGGCCGGUGUUGAAGCACAACUACCACGCCUGCUUUCCGGGUCACGACAAAAUCCAGGCCUGCUUCGAAAUACUCGGCUUCGAUAUUCUGGUGGACUGGAAGCUGAAGCCCUAUAUUCUGGAGGUGAAUCACUCGCCCAGUUUCCACACCAACGAACAGGUGGACCGAGAAGUAAAGCGUCCACUCAUCCGGGAUACGUUGAAUCUGGUUAGCACAGUGCUGGCGGAUAAGAAGCAAAUUAUGCGAGAGGAUCGCAAGAGGGUGAAGCAACGGCUGCUCAAGAUACGUGGUGAUCCGCCAGCUCCAAAGGCACGGCUCACUGCGGGCUCAGCUUCGAAGGCAAAAAUAAAUGCCAAAACAGCAAAUCCAGCCAAUCCAGAAGGAGGCACCAAUCCGGUCAAGGAGACUGAAUCGGAUUCCGUCGUUAUAGGCCCCCUGGCUCAGCAGGUUGCCUGGGAGGAAAAUCAUCUUGGAAACUUUAGACGUAUUAUGCCACCACCCGAUGAAUCCAAGGAGGAAUACUACACUCGCUUCUACGGCCAGACCAAUCAGGUAUCCAUUUUUGCCGAGACGGCUGCCAGCAAAAAACGGGAGGAUCUGGCCCGAAAGAUGCGUCUCCAAAUCGAGGAGAAAAAGGCCAAGCAGGAGCAGAUGCUGAAUGGCCGGCCCAAGCGGGAUCCCCGGAAGCGGCAGACCGCGAUCCUGCCGCGAGCAGUGCGCGAAAAGAAUCGCAUUAAUCUAUUCCGGCUGAAGGAGAACUGGACGCCGGGCUUUAUAUCGGAGGCGGAGGAGCGGUUGCGGCACACUUGGCUGCACAUGCGCACCGAGUCCAUCAAAACACUCAAAAUCACCGAGAAUAUAUAUUUCACGCUCUACGAGUCCGGACACCUGACCAACACAGACAUGGUUGUGUAUCCCCAUUUGUACCACAAUCUGCAGCACGGUUUCGAUAUUCGAGAAUAUCCCUGAGAGAACCCAGCCUCCAAAAUCCCAGUAUCUUAGUCAUUUAAUCCAUUCGCCUUUAAACUUGACCAUUAAACCUUCCGACAGCUUGCACCCUUCCAGGAAGACGUGUUGUUAAAUUUGUUAAUAUUUAAAUUUGAAUUUCUGCUUGCCCCCGAAAAAUAGAAAUUGUUAGAGAUUUAAUAUAAAUGGAUGGUUAAGA